CAGUUGUUUAGACUUUCCUCGUGAACCGAAAUGUCUGCUCCCGCCAGGUCCCUCGCUAGCUGCAUCUUCUGCAAGAUCAUCAAGGGAGAAAUCCCGAGCUACAAGCUCAUUGAAACCGAGCUCUCGUUUUCAUUCCUCGACAUCGGGCCUCUAUCCAAAGGCCACGCACUCGUGAUUCCCAAAUAUCACGCUGAGAAGCUCCACGAGCUCCCAGACGAGCACCUCUCAGAUAUCCUCCCCAUCGCAAAGAAGAUCGCCACCGCACAGGGAGUAGAGAACUACAACAUCCUCCAGAACAACGGCAAGAUCGCGCACCAGGAAGUUCCUCACGUCCAUUUCCACGUCAUUCCCAAACCUUCCGCGACCGACACUGAAGGUUUGGUCAUCGGUUGGCCCGCCAAGACUUUCGAAAAGGAUGAGAUGACGAAGAUUUAUGAGGCCAUCAAGCAGAAGCUCUAGAUCCCGGAGGAGAACCUUGAGGAACAUGUAGGAGAAGGAUUCUAGUACUGAGGGGAGAAGAUGAAUUGAAUACACUAAGCCCCAUCGUAGUCA